UAAUAUUGAAUUAUAAAACCAGGCAUAAUUAGCUCUGAACACAAUAGUAUUAGUUACUUAGCAGAAGUACUAAUCUAUCAUUAUCAGUUACUUGUACUUAGUUAUUGCUAAUUUGCUUGGACUGCACAAGAAUUCAAAGAAAAUAGUGUUUUAACUUUACAUUUACACUCACACUCACAACACUGCUCUGCUCUGCUCCUCUGCUGCACAUUCAAAAUGCAGUGAUAAUGCAUCAGUAAUAAUGUGAUACUGUAAUAUAAAACAUUAACGAUGGUCACAUGUUAGGGACGCUCCAACACUUGAAGCACAUGUGCUGAAGUUUUUUACAUUUUAAAUCCAGCAUUUAUGUAUCCAUGCUGUUGGAUUUAAAUACCGUCUCUCUUGCUGGAUGGUGUCAGACUCUAUAAUUGGCGCGGGAGCGCGCCGGGGAGCGCGCACACUGCGGAGCGUCCUUUUGGUUUCCAUGGACACCGCGGACAGCAACAGAGCGCGGAGGGAGAGGUGUCCGACUGCCACUCCACUUUUGAACACCGGGAUUUCACCUUUAACUUUUCAAAUACGACUUUUACUUUUACAAGAAGCCGGUCUCUGCCAGGGUCGUCGUCGUCGUUUGAUAAUUUGCACCUGUACAACUGGAUGACCCUGAAGGCUUUGUCCUGAGAGAGAGAUGGAGAAUAGCUCUCAUACACUGCCACCCUUGUCCCCGUGUCCCACCACUCUGCCUUUCUCCUCCUCACCUCUGCAGACCCCCCCAAGUUGCCGCCUUUCGCUCCCACUUUCGCCCAUUUCAUUCCCCCCGUCCCCCACCUCACUUUCUCCAGCGACGGCAGAGUCUGUCCACUCCUCGUCCCCUCUUUCCCACUGCACAGCGUCUCAUCGCCUCGAAGGACAAAACAUACAAUGCAUCAGCCCGGAAAACCUAUCUGACCAAGAUGACCUGACCUGUCUCAGCUGGCUGCAUCAGAGAGGAAACCUGCUACCUCUGCAGCCCCUCACCAAAAUGACACCGCUGACCCAGCAAGAGUCCUGCACUCCUGCCCAGUCCGUUCUUCCAGUGUCAUCCAAGCCUCCUUACUCCUUUAGCAGUCUCAUUUUUAUGGCAAUUGAAGAUUCCCCCGACAAGAGGCUUCCGGUGAAAGACAUCUACGAGUGGAUUGUGAACAAUUUCCCUUACUACAGAACAGCCACCGGAGGCUGGAGGAACUCGGUCAGACACAACCUCUCCCUGAGCAAGAGCUUCCGUCGCAUUCAGAGGGACAAGAGCCAGUCAGUGGGGAAGGGUUCGCUGUGGUGUGUGUGUCCGGAGUAUCGGCCGGCGCUCCUCGAAGUGCUGAGAAAGACCCACAGUUAUCACAGCACCAACAGCAAUCUGAUCAACAAGCCUGCACUGUUGGAGGGAGCUGACUAUGAGGUGCCUUCGGUCUGCGAUUCGAUGGAUAUCUCAGAUCCUCUGUCUCACACGCUGCUCCUCUCCACGUCCUCCUCCCAAAUCCUCACCACCGAUAACCCCAAUUUCGCUGACAACCCAUCAUGCCCUUUGACCCCGGACCACGAGGAACUUGUCACCAUGGAGUCGGUGGAAUACCAGCAGGAGGAGGUCAGCGAAGAGAUGGAGAAAGACCCCCUGUCGGACAGCGGCUACAUCGAGUUACACUAUUACCAGUCCCACCAGUACCAGUACCUGGUGCUGCCGGGCGACACCGAGCUGGACCUGGAGACCGUGGAGAUCCUUCAGCUCGAUGCCGAGGCCCAGGAGGCGGCCGGGUCACUGCUGGACCUGGCAGGAGGUGGAUAUUAAUUAAUAUCACAAUGCUUCCCAAACACUAUGUCAAAUCAACAUGAAUUCAGAUUUAUGUUGGCUCUGAAAUGUUGACACUGCCCUAAAUCUUGUUCUGUAGUUAGACAACCACAUGGAUAAACUUGGACUAACCUAAUCUAUGUAUCACAUUCAGGCAUGUAUUCAGGCCGACCUGAGGUGUAACGAUAAACCGAAAAACUUACUCAAAAUUAUAUCCAAAACCGAGGAGAAAGUAUUAAUAGCUUUUAGGUUUUCCACUGUGAUUUUCUAAGAGAUUAAAUUCAUUCUCAGGGGUGGAAGGAGUGCUUCCAGCUCAUGUACUGUCUCUUUGUUGAGGUGUGUCUGAUUUAUAAACUGUACAAGAAAUCUUCAAUAGUAGCUUGAGGAAUAAAAUGACCAGCACACUGACUCACAACCACGCUGUUACCAUUUAAAUAUGUGUUACAAACAAAGCUUUGUUUAACAGGAAAGUUUAUAUACAGGCGAAUGUUUGAAGAGGAAAACAAACCAUAGUAGAGUAUUUUUUUUUCUUUUAACCCAGUAGUUUAUGAAAAAUAUUUAAUUUAUAAUUUAGGUGAAAUUGUACAUUGUACAUAAGAAGCACUACUCAAUUAUAUUAACGUAAGUACUUCCAGUUUUAUUUCUAAUUAAUGUGUUAACACUUGUCAUUCUUCACAUUAUGUUUGCUAGAGUUGAUUCUGUGUAGCUGGAUCCAUGAACGCCUUUGAGUUUGGAACCCUACAUGUGACACUGUAAGCUAAGCCGUCAUCGAUCAGGAAAAGUUCGAUUGGAGUGUUCUGACAUUUAAAUCAAACUCACUGCCAUUUAAAUCACUUUACAUUUCAGGGUGCACCAACUUUCUGUUUAUAAACUGUAUGUAUUUUCGAAAGUUUUAGAUUUUGUAAUCUAACAAAUAAAAUCUGUGAUACAGUUCUUGUGAAUUAAAGUCUGGUACUGCA